AUGCUUGAGCGUCUUGCAGGUCAUAGUCAUUAUUGCUUCUUGGAUGGAUACUCCGGAUACAAUCAAAUUGCCAUAGCUCCGGAAGAUCAAGAAAAGACCACCUUCACUUGUCCAUUUGGUACGUUUGCUUAUAGGCGUAUGCCUUUUGGUUUAUGUAACGCACCUGCCACUUUUCAACGUUGCAUGAUGUCAAUUUUUUCUGAUAUGGUGGAGGAGAUAAUAGAGGUAUUUAUGGAUGAUUUUUCAGUUUUUGGUGAUUCUUUUGAUAUUUGUCUUCACAACCUCUCUCUAGUGUUGAAAAGGUGUCAGGAAUGCAAUUUAGUGCUCAAUUGGGAGAAGUGUCACUUCAUGGUACAGCAAGGUAUUGUAUUAGGUCACAUUAUCUCUUGUAGGGGAAUUGAAGUGGACAAGGCAAAAAUCGAUGUUGUGAGAAACUUGCAGCCCCCCACAACCGUGAAGGAGAUUAGGUCAUUCCUAGGACAUGCAGGGUUCUAUAGGCGUUUCAUCAAGGACUUUUCAAAAAUAUCAAGGCCCCUAUGUCGAUUGCUUGGCAAAGAUGUGGAAUUCGAGUUUAAUGAAGAGUGCUUGGCUGCAUUUAACAAGCUUAAGGAGCUUUUAACGUCUGCCCCUAUUAUACAACCUCCAGAUUGGAAUUUUCCCUUCGAGUUGAUGUGUGACGCCUCGGAUUAUGCAGUGGGGGCUGUACUUGGACAAAAAGUGCACAACGUACCACAUGCCAUCUAUUAUGCCUCCCGGACUUUGAAUGAUGCUCAGUUGAAUUACUCAACUACGGAAAAGGAGUUGCUUGCUGUUAUUUUUGCUUUAGAGAAAUUUAGAUCAUAUCUUAUUGGCACUAAAGUAAUUGUAUUCUCUGAUCAUGCAGCGCUUAGGUACCUCUUCCAAAAGAAGGACGCCAAGCCAAGACUGAUUAGGUGGACUCUCUUGCUUCAAGAAUUCGAUUUGGUGAUUAGAGACAAGAAAGGGAGUGAAAACGUGGUGGCUGACCAUUUGAGUAGGCUGGUGCAAGGAUCCAAUGAAGAAGAGGACAUGCUUCCUCUACGUGAAAGUUUCCCCGAUGAGCAACUCUUCACCCUCGAAGCCAAGGACCCUUGGUACGCUGACAUUAUCAAUUACAAGGCUUCAAAACUGAUUCCGGAGGAUCUCACUCGAGCUCAAAAGGAUAAGCUUGUCAAAACGAGUAAGUAUUAUGUUUGGGAUGAUCCAUACUUAUGGAAAUAUUGUCCAGAUCAGAUUGUUAGAAGGUGCGUGUCCGAAUAUGAAUUUAAUUCUAUACUUACCUUUUGUCAUUCAUCUGCAUGUGGUGGACAUUUUGGUCCUAAGAAAACAGCCCUUAAAGUAUUGCAAUGUGGUUUUUAUUGGCCGAGCUUGUUCAAAGAUGCAUAUACUUAUUGUUCCACAUGUGAUAGAUGUCAAAGAACCGGUAACAUCAGCUCUAGGAAUCAAAUGCCUUUAACGCCUAUCCUUAUUGUUGAAAUAUUUGAUGUGUGGGGUAUUGAUUUUAUGGGACCAUUCCCUUCCUCUUAUGGCUUUAUUUACAUUCUCCUUGCUGUUGACUAUGUCUCUAAAUGGGUGGAAGCAAUUCCUACCCGGACUAAUGAUUCAAAAGUUGUUUUGAGCUUUGUGAAGGAAAACAUCUUUUCUAGGUUUGGAACACCAAGAGCCAUUAUUAGUGAUGGAGGCACUCACUUUUGCAAUAGGUCAUUUGAGGCACUUUUAAAGCGGUAUGGAAUUACACAUAGGGUCUCGACACCUUAUCAUCCCCAAACAAGUGGACAAGUAGAGAUUAGUAACCGAGAAAUCAAGCAAAUCUUGGAGAAAACCGUGAGCCCUACGAGAAAGGAUUGGAGUUUGAGACUUAAUGAAGCAUUAUGGGCAUAUAGGACAGCUUACAAAACCCCCAUUGGUAUGUCUCCUUUUCGUUUGGUUUAUGGUAAAGCAUGUCACCUUCCGGUUGAGCUUGAACAUAGAGCAUUUUGGGCAAUCAAGAAAUUCAAUUUCGAUAUGAAAGAGGCUGGAGAUGCAAGGCGACUCCAAUUGAAUGAAUUGGAUGAGAUGAGGAAUGAUGCUUAUGAGAGUGCACGGAUUUACAAGGAAAAGACGAAGGCAUUUCAUGACAAAGCCAUUCAAAGGAAGACCUUUGAAAUAGGGCAGAAAGUCUUGCUCUUCAAUUCACGCCUUCGGCUAUUCCCAGGUAAGUUACGUUCUAGAUGGUAUGGUCCUUUUGUUGUUACUAAUGUUUUCCCUCAUGGUGCAGUUGAGAUUCAAAAUGACAAGAUGGGAAACAUAUUCAAAGUGAACGGACAUCGCUUGAAGCCAUACUAUGAAUCUUUUGAGCUUGGAAAAGAGAGCAUGCUUGUGGAUGCACCACCCCCAUCUAUUGUUUAA